AUGAUGGGUGCAGCGAGAUCGUGCCAAUGGUUACUCAUAGCAAUAAUCCUCAUCGUAUCCUCGAAUCGUGCCAGCAGUGAAACAGAGAUCUCAGGAUCGAGCCUUAGCAAGCCAAAGACGAUCAUUAAUCCCGGUUACAUCGAACCACGUAUCGACAACGAUGGAAAUCGUACAAGCUUUAUUUUAAAUUCAUCUCGUAGACGUCGAUACGUUCGAUUUCCAAGUGGUCCAGCCGGUUACGUCUUCGAGGGUGGUGGACCUCCUAUAGGGAGGAACAUCGGUGCGCAUCCUGGUGUUCGUUUCCCAUCCUGGAGACAGCACAAGUCGCUGUGGAGGAGUCCAAUUUCCGAAUACAACAGGCCAGUAAUGGGACACCGAACUCCACGACUGAUCUUCCGUGAUAACGAUUUUCCAUCACCAGUUGGUGGCAGUGCAUCCUCGUUUUUCCAGCAAUCGAACCAUUUGCCAGAUUUCGAGGAUGAGAUCAGAGGUCAUCGAAAGCAAAUCCUCGACGAUUAUCCUAGGUUAGAGUCAGAGCCGCGUCAACAAAAAAGACCGCUGUGGAAGGGUGACGAUACGUUGUGCGCUGACGGACGAAGCUGCGAAUUUUUUCUAAUGUGCUGGAUGUCCGCUGGCCUAUUGGACGGCAGUUGCGGUGGCAUCAUGUACGCUUGUUGUCAGCGGAAAGAACCGAAAGAUAGCUCUGAUUAUAACCUGAUUGAGGCACCUAGAGAUCAAUCUCAGCCGCUUCCGUUGGAUACUUACACGGAGAACGCCAAUGAUGAUCGCUGCGGGAUUCCCGCCUCGAAGCAAACUGCGCAGAGAAGAAUCGUCGGAGGCGACGAAGCAGGCUUUGGCAGUUUUCCAUGGCAGGUCAGAUUUCUGUGCAUUAACGAAGUCGAAUCAUUUCCAGCUUCUCAUGUUUUAAACAGAGAAAAUGUUCUACUUUCUCAGGCGUACAUACGAAUCGGAUCCAGCCGGUGCGGCGGCACUCUCGUUAAUCGAUUCCACGUUGUCACUGCUGGACACUGUGUAGCCAAGGCAUCUGCUCGUCAAGUCCAAGUCACCCUAGGCGACUAUGUAGUCAAUUCGGCUACUGAAACUUUACCAGCUUACACUUUCGGUGUUAGAGAGAUUCGUGUUCAUCCUUACUUCAAGUUUACUCCUCAAGCUGAUAGGUUCGACGUGGCUGUUCUACGAUUAGAUCGUCCAGUUCAUUACAUGCCUCACAUAGCGCCGAUCUGUUUGCCUGAGAAGAACGAAGACUUUCUAGGACAGUAUGGAUGGGCUGCAGGAUGGGGAGCGUUGCAGGCUGGGUCGAGACUACGCCCGAAAACUCUUCAAGCGGUGGACGUACCUGUGAUAGAUAAUCGAAUCUGCGAAAGGUGGCACCGGUCCAAUGGGAUUAACGUUGUGAUUUAUGACGAAAUGAUGUGCGCCGGUUAUCGUGGAGGUGGCAAGGACUCCUGCCAAGGUGACAGCGGUGGGCCCCUGAUGUUAGAGAAAACAGGACGAUGGUACCUAAUAGGUAUCGUCUCAGCAGGUUACUCGUGUGCACAGCCAGGCCAGCCAGGAAUCUAUCAUCGCGUAGCUAAAACAGUCGAUUGGAUAACCUACGUGAUCAAUUCGUAGCGAAACAAGUCAUAAUGCAUAGAGAUUGUUCUCUGUAAAAACUUUGCAUGAAACAAAGUUUACGAUACCGGAUAGAAUCACUGACAAAUUCGUAAUUGGCUGGCAAACAAUAUCGAGGAUCUAGCAGAUGUAUAACUGGGAAUUUCGACGAUUCUACGCUCGAAGAAUGUGAUACAUAGUGACGAGAUAAUGUUAGAGACAGAGUAGUCCAUCUUCGAGAGAUGGGAGAAUCGUUAACGUGUAAAACUAUGUAACUUUCUAACUAAACAAGGUGAUGCGUGGAAAUUGUGGUAACUUACAACUCGCGCCCGGUGAUGUUUUUUUCGUUGAUUGUCUGAAUUGUUUAGAGCAAAAGACACAUUUUAUGUUGGGCGUAUGAUGUGAACUGUAAUGAUGUGGAUAUCUUGUAAAUUAAGUGCGUGUGAUAUUCGUUUGUUAUCGCGCUUAAUAAACGUUUAAUUCUUUUUUUAA